UUUUUUUUUUUUUUCUAUUUAUUACCUUUUAAUAUAAAACAUUUAUACAUUACCAUGGCUGAAGAAGAAUACGAUUAUGAAUCCUUAGGUGAAAAUACUACUAUGACUCAAAAUGCUUUUGCUGGUGCUUUAGCUGGUAUAGCUGAACAUUGUGCCAUGUACCCUGUUGAUAGUAUCAAGACUCGAAUGCAAGUAAUUCAAACUGCUUCUGCAACAAGUCCAACUACUUUGGCCCUCAAUCAACCUAUGGUUAGAACUGCUUCUCGUAAUUUGUGGCGUGGCGUCAACUCUGUAGUGAUGGGCGCAGGUCCAGCUCAUGCAUUACAUUUUGCUACAUAUGAAUUUUGUAAGGAAUAUUAUGGUGCCAAUCGUCAAGGUCAUCAUCCUUUGGCUUCUGCUGCUGCUGGAGCUACUGCUACUUUUGCUCAUGAUACUUUGAUGAAUCCAUUUGAUGUGAUCAAACAACGAAUGCAGUUGAAGGAUAGUACUUUUCGAUCAGUUAGGGAAUGUGCUCGUAUGGUAUUCGCUAAAGAAGGUUUCUCAGCAUUUUAUAUUUCUUUACCUACAACAUUGGCUAUGUCUGUACCUUUCCAAUCUCUACAAUUUGCUACUUAUGAAUAUUUCAGAAAAGUAUUGAAUCCCAAUGGUGGUUAUGAUCCUACAACACACGUGAUUGCUGGUGGUUUGGCUGGUGCUAUAGCUUCUUCAAUGACAACUCCUUUGGAUGUGGUUAAGACUUUAUUACAAACACGAGGACAAAGUCAGGAUGCUCGUAUUCGUGGUGCUACUGGAUUUAUGGACGGUUUUACUAUUAUCAAAGAACGUUAUGGUUUACGGGGCUUCUUCCGAGGUUUUAAACCAAGAGUCUUGACUCAUAUGCCAAGUGCUGCUAUUAGCUGGAGUGUAUAUGAAUACUUUAAAUGGUUAAUGCGCCCUACUUCUCAUCAAGGCAAUUUGUUACCUCUGUAGUUACCUGUUCUUAUGACACAACAUAUUCCAUGCACAACAAUCAAUAACAACAACGACAUCAUUAUCAUCAUCAAUCAAUUUUUCAUCAAUCUCUCAAUAUCAUCAUCAGUAUUUCCUUUUUGGUCAAAUUUAUUUAUUCGUGAUUGGUUUGUCCUACCAUACUUUUAGUUGGUGCUUCAAUCUCUUCCUUCUCUUUUAUCCUUUUGGCAUUCUUCCCCUUGUAUUGUACUUUUUUUUUUCCUUCAAUAUUUGUAUUCCCCCUCUUCUCUUUUUGUAUAUAGUCUUGUUAUUAUUAUUUUUAUUAUUGUUAUUAUUGUUACUAUUAUGAUUAAAGAAAAAAAAAAACUCAACAGUCAAGUCCCUUCCACAUAUUCAUUUAGACUUUUU